CGCGCACUUCCGCCUCCGGAGGGUGGAUCAGGUGAAUGGCUUCGGGUGUUCCAUGCGUGAGGAGUGAGCAGCUGAGAUGCCGAACGCGGAGCAGGAAGUGGGAUGCUGGGAUUCCGUGCUCCUGGAGAAUCCCACCGAGGAUAACUUCAUCAGUAAUCUCCACCUGAGAUACAAGAGGGAUCACAUUUACACCUACAUUGGGACGUACCUGGUGUCCAUCAACCCCUUCAAGCCACUCCCUCUCACCACGCCCGACCUGGUGAAGACCUACGCCACCCGCAGACUGUUCAAACUCCCACCGCACAUCUUUGGCGUCGCCAGUCGAGCUUACGCGAAUCUGCUGGACUUCCAUGAGGAUCAGAGCAUCAUUCUCACGGGCGAGAGUGGCAGCGGGAAGAGUGAGACGGCUCAAAUGGUGGUGGAUUUCAUCACGCGCGUACCGCAGAUUCGACGAAGUCGCUCGCCACGGCGAAGAGGAUCCACUUCCUCCCCGUGCUGCUCAGCUCACGGCUCCAGCAACGUCUCGCGCUCUUCCACUCCGCGGCACGAGUCCUCGCUGGACUCUCCCGGCGCCUGCAGUCAGUCCAAGGGAUGCAUUUUCCGGCAGCGGAGCGUCGAGACGGAAAAGUCUUCGUAUGGAAGCCUGAGAAAAUGCUCUCACGAGUGGAAGAGCUCAGAAAGUUUGCCGUCAAAGUGCCAACUUCACGCCCACUCGACGCCCAGGAUUGCCAAGAAGUGCCCCAAGCACUCGUGCAGCACGCCAGAGUAUCAGCAGAAGAAUGUGGUGCUGUCCAAGACGCUGAGGCGAACAUGA